AUGCUUUCAUUCCAAACAGAAACAACACCUUUCUUCAUCAAAUGGGGAGCAAAUUCACAUUUAGAACUUGUAAUCAAAGCAGACGAUCGUGUUCAAGAACCAAAAAGUGGUGAAAUGGUUAGGGUUGUCCCACGACCUUCUGUUCUUAAAAACAUGAGCUUGGAGAUGAUAAAAGAGGUCUUUGCUAAACUUCCAGAAGCUAUAAGCCUACUAGCUUUUGGUAGAACAGCAGAUGUAAUCAGGGUUCGGUAUUCUACAUUAUACAGGAAACUAUCCAUGAGUGUUCCAGAGCUUAGGAAGCUAAUUGAUGAGCAGGAUAAAAGCAGUGAGUUUCUAGUAGUGUGUAUCGGUACAAUAACACGAGCAAUAACCGAGCGGCUGUAA